AUGGUGAAUCAAAGUGAAGAUUCAGUUAAUUUUAUAACUUUUAAUCAGGAUGCAACUUGUGUAGCCGUUGGAUUGAAUAGUGGGUAUAAAAUUUUCAAUUGUAUUCCAUCAUUUCGAAAAUGUUAUCAAUUUAAAAAAAAUGAAUCGAUUGGACUAAUUGAAAUGCUUUAUUGUACUUCAUUAAUAGCAGUUGUGGGGUUGGGUAAUGAGAUUAGCUCAUCCCCAAGAAAGUUAAAAAUUAUUAAUACCAAGCGUCAAUCUACUAUUUGUGAUUUAAUAUUUCCUUCAACCAUUUUACAAGUUAAGUUGACGAAAUCAAAAAUGAUUGUUUUGUUAGAAGAUCAAAUUUAUAUUUAUGAUAUUACCACUAUGAAUCUACUACACACCAUUGAAACAAGUCCAAAUACUAAUGGUCUUUGUGCAAUAUCAAAUACCGAAUGUAAUCUUCAACAUAAUAGUUAUUUAGCAUAUCCAUCUCCUCCUAAAACUAUUACUCAUGAUUCUCUUUUGGUAAAUGGUAUAAAUACUAAUGGUGGAUCAAAUUCGGUACAAAAUAAUAUCCAAUCAGUUAGUAAUAGUCCAAAUAGAGUGGGUGAUGUCAUUAUAUUCAAUCUUGAUUCUUUACAACCUUUAUCGGUCAUUGAAGCUCAUAAAUCUUCUUUGGCAGCAAUUACUUUGAGUAAUGAUGGUACUUUAUUAGCUACCGCUUCUGAUAAAGGAACCAUUGUUAGAGUUUUUUCAGUUGAAUCGGGGGUUAAACUCUAUCAGUUUAGAAGAGGAACUUACCCAACCAAAAUUUACUCUUUGAAUUUUAGCUUUGAUAAUAAAUACGUCGUGGCAACAAGUUCAAGUGAAACCGUUCAUAUUUUCAGACUAGGUGAAGAUGAAUCUUUGGAAAAUAAGCAUCGUAAAAAAAGAAAUAUGAAAAAGAGAAAACAUCGUAAAGAUCCAGAAUAUGAAACAAUUGCCGAAGAGAAUGAAGAUGAUCUUCAAAGUCUGCAUCUGAAACAAUCGAAAAAGAAUGACGACGAUGAAGAUGAAGAUGCCCUCAUACAAGAUGAUGGUGAUGAUUCGGAUGCAGAAGACGAUGAAGUUGAUGAUGAAGAUGAUGUAGAUGAUGAUUUAGAAAUUAUUUCCAAUAGAUCAAGAAAGCUUUCUCAAGGAUCUUCUAAUUCUUUUACCAGUAUCUCAUCGAAUUUGAGUAAUGAUGAACCCAAAUCAGAACCCAUAGUGGAUCAAAACCGUUUGUCCGUGGCAAGACUUAUUAGAAGAUCUUCUCAAACUUUAGGAAGGAAAGCCGCUCAAAAAAUGGGUGAUUUCUUACCUUCUCGUUUCUCAUCAAUUUUAGAGCCUACUCGUCAUUUUGCUUCAUUGAAAAUUAAUACAAUUGGUAAAGAUGUUAAAUCAAUUGCCGUAAUGACAAACGACCUUCAAAAAGACUUGGUUCCUCCGUCAUAUCUUCAUUCAAAGCGUCACGAAGAUCCUAAUGGGAAUAAUGAAGCUUUUAAAAGCUCAUCUUCUAGCACUAAAUUUUUAUCAAUGAGCUUGAUUCAUAUCAACGUUGUUACUUCAGAAGGUCUAUUCUACACCUAUGGCUUAGAUCCUGAGCGUGGAGGUGACUGUAUCUUACUACACCAAUAUUCUUUACUCGAUGAAGGCAACUAG